GAUUAUAUAACCUUGCAUGGAAAUGACUGAAGCCAUUAAGGAAUUGAAUAUUGCAUAUUUAUAUCAUACAAUGCUCAAUCAAUAUCUUAUCUUAUAUAGUUAUAUAUAGUUAAUAGCUAAAUCGGUGGAUCUUCGUUUCAUCCUGAUCAGCAAUUAAGGAAGUAAUAUAAUUUUAGAUCGCUAGGCCAAUUUGCACUAUAUAUCUACUCACUGUGUAUUGACGUAAUCCACUGGAUGUCACAUUCAGACUCUUCCAAAACAAUACAUGGGAAAGUCUAUUGUUAAAUUCCAGGGGUGAAUGAGUGAAGCGGCUGGGGUUGAAAUUAGGAAGGGUACCAUACAAAUACGAUUAAAGCGAAACUGUUGUAUUAUAAUGUUUGAGGAGUUAAAUGGGUAAGCCUGGGGAAAUAUGAUGAUGUUCCAUAUAAGAUAAUGUUCCAUAUAAGGAAUUUAGAUGCUGAAGGAGCUAGUUGACUUACAUAGAUGGCAGUCAAAUAGACAAUGGAUUCUGACGAUGAGUAUGGCAACAAUACUGGCAGCAGAACAGGCCCACUAAGAAUCCUCAAUAUUGAUGACGAUGAAACAGAAAAUACAAAUGGUACAAGAAGGAAUAGCAGACAAGGGGGCAGAUCCAGGGGUCCAAGAGGACGACAUCCAAGAAACCCUGAGUCCUCUCAGAGUAGAAGUGAAAGCAGAGGCGGUAAUGCAGAGAGAGGACAUAGAGGAGAUGGCCGAGGACGAGGCAGUAGGGGUGGAAGAGGCGGGUCUAGAGGAGCAUCUGGUGGAUUGACUCGAGGAGCAUCUGGUGGAUUGACUCGAGGAGCUGCUGACCUCCGAAGAUAUUCUUCUCUCAGUAGAUUGGAUACGGUACCAAACAGAAAUGAGGAUGUACAAGAUGCUACUAAUGCUAGAUACCGUGAUAGUUCGAGACCAAGAAGAAAUGAUACUCGUUCCAGACCACCAAGAAUGUUUGGCUACAGGAAACUCAGUGAGCUCAGUGAAAAGACCAAUUCAGAUGAUGUUCUAAUGGAAUUACUGUUGGAAAGUAGUGGAUUUCAAACUCUAUUAAAGAACAUUAACAUGCAGAUCGACUGGAGUAGAUUGCUUCUAUCUGUACUAGGAAAAGCUUGCUCCUCUUCUAAAAGCCACAGCAAGUUACAGUUAGUGGGAUUAAUGGUUCAAGAGAAUGUCAUGAUGCUUCAAGUGACCACAUUCCUUGCAAAAAUCAAGUCCAGGAUUGCUGUGAUGUCCCCUGACCAUCUUCAGUGCAUGAUUCAAGAUGUUUGCAAGAUAAUGAAAGAGUUGAUGCAACGAAUGCCACAGGAGGUCCACACUGUUAGUAGUGCUGUGUUGAUGUUAGAUGCUAUUGCUGAGGACCAUACAUUCAAUUUACAACAGAAUCCAGAUAUUUUGGAAUUGAUUAAUGAUGUAUCUACAAUUAUGAAAACACUUGUAAAGGACAUUGACAACCAAAGAAGAGAUAAAAACAUUCAACCUGGUGGCCGACGGAAUUAUAGAGACAUGGAAUCAUUGCCUCCCCCAAACAAUUUCAGAGAACUUCCGAUACUGCCUGAUCUGAAGGACCUGCAAUUCAAUGAGAGACCUUUUAUCAGGAGAAACAAGAUUGAUGGCAGCUAUGAUGACUUGCAUCAUUAUCUGGACGUACAGUUCCGUCUCCUAAGGGAAGACUACAUCCAACCAUUGCGGAAUGGAAUCACAGAGUACAGGAGGGGCAAGAAGGAUGCCAAACAGAGAUUCCAAGAUAUCCGUCUGUAUAACAAGGUCAAGGUUAUUAGACCAGUCUGCUCAAACAGCGGGAUUCUACAUGUCAUACAGUUUGAUGUGUCCAAGAUGCAGAAAAUGCGUUGGGAAUCUUCUCGUCGACUUAUUCAUGGUUCACUUGUGUGUCUGUCCCAAAAUGACUUUGAGACGAUUCUAUUUGCCACUGUUACAAACCGUGAUGUCAAAUUACUUCAACAAGGACUAAUAGAAGUCCAGUUCAAAAACAACUUCCAAAGUGUUUUUGACAUCAAACCAAGCGAGGAAUUCAUCAUGGCGGAAACUACAGCUUAUUUUGAGGCUUACCGGCACAUCUUGAGAGGACUUCAGGAGAUAGAAGACGGUCUGCCGAUGCAGCAAUAUAUUGUAGAAUGCAAGCAAGUUUUAAAACCACCGAAAUAUAUACGAAACAAUAUCCACUACUAUGAUUUCAGUCCUCUUUUACCUAAGCAACAUUCCAGUACAGAGUACGUUCCAGUCAUAAACACACGUCAAUGGCCAAGUGCAGCAGAGCUACAGAUGGACAAAUCCCAGUACCGGGCACUGCAGAUGGCAGUAACCAAAGAGAUGGCACUCAUCCAAGGCCCUCCCGGUACAGGAAAGACGUUUGUUGGAUUGAAAGUCAUGCAGCUCCUUCUCCACAACUCCGAUGUCUGGAGACGAUCAGACGACACAGACGACGAAGACACGCCAAACGAUUCCAUAUUGGUUGUAUGUUACACAAAUCAUGCACUUGAUCAGUUUUUGGAGGGAGUAUCUGAAUUUUGCGAUAGCAUUGUUCGUAUUGGUGGGCGUUGCAGCAACCCGAUUUUGGAACCUUUCAUGUUGAGUAAUCUUCGAAAGGAAGCUAGAAUGAAUAGACAGAUUCCGAAACUAAUUUGGGAGAGGAAAGCAGAUUGCAGGAAACAAAUGAAUGUUCUCAAAGACAAAAUUGAAGAUGUCAGCGCCAAACUUGACGCUUCUCGGCUUGGUAUAAUGCAGGAGAAAACGCUUGAACUGUUCAUAAAGGAGCAGCAUUAUACAGAACUAAUAUCCGGCCGUCUGAGAAACAAAGAAUUUUCUGCAAUUCAAUUUUGGCUGUCAAGUGACUUGCAAAAUGUCAUUCCUCAAACAAAAGAAGACACUUCAACAAGAACCUCUGCUGCUGAAUAUUCAUUAUAUUCAAAUUGGAUUGACAAAGUCAUAAAUGGGCCUUCAUUUGAACUCGGAAGUGAAAACAUUCUGCAAGGAGACCUAUGGACCAAAAAACUCGUUGAAAGGUUAUGCAUAUAUAAGCAAUGGGUAAACUCAUAUAUAUCUUACAAACAGAAAUGUAUUGAUGAUGUUACUGAGGAUGUCCAGGCACUUGUAGAGGGAAACAAAAAAUCCGACAAGACAGACCUUCAACACAAGCAGAUGCAACUUCAAAGACUUCAAAAAGACGUCCAAACGGCAGAGACACAAAUUAUGUCGGAGAACGCUUUGAAGGAUGGCCUCAGAUUGGAGCUACGUCAACAUUUAGACAGCCUGCUUAAAACAAAAUCGUAUACACCUACCAACUGUUCUGUAAUGGAACACUGGUUACAUAUAAACGAUAACACCGAUUCCCAAGGACUUUUCGCCGAGGCUCUAGAAGCUUUAGCAUCAGUAUCGGAAACCAUAGACACACUGGAGGAAGCCGAAGCCGCUGAACUGGAGCGCAUUGUUUAUGUCGACGAGGAAGAAGAUAUUAAACAACCGAAACUCCAUGAAGAGAUGUUGUCUAGGGCAAUGGCUGAUUUAGCAUAUACUUUCACUGGAACUGACAACAUGACUGAAGCUGUAGGGACUGAUACACAGUGGCAGGUGGCAACUUCUACGAAAAACACGAAAGCGGUGAUGCGUAGAAUGCUGGAGCAGAGUCAGGCAAUGUCAGAAAAGGAGGAGUCACGGCAGCCUGCUGAUGUCUGGACUUUGUCUGUCGGGGCCAGGUUUUCCCUUUACAAACUUUGGCUUUCAAGGUAUCAGGAUUCCCUCAGUUCGUCUAUUCAAGAUAUAGUGCAACAAUAUUCAGAUAUCUGUGAUGUAUAUCAAGAAGUCAUGGACUGUGAAGAUGUGGAUGUCAUCUCGGGAGCACGGGUUAUUGCUAUGACGACGACUGGGGCUGCAAAAUAUAGAAACAUCCUGAGAUCUGUUAACCCCAAGAUCAUAGUAGUUGAAGAGGCAGCCGAAGUGUUAGAAUCUCACAUAGUAUCCACCAUUAAUUCUAACUGCCAACACCUGAUCCUCAUCGGCGAUCACAAACAGCUACGACCUACUCCUACAGUGUACCAGCUAGCUGUUCACUACAACUUGGAAAUAUCAUUGUUCGAAAGAAUGAUAAAGAACGAAAUUAACUUUGUCACCUUAGAACUGCAACAUCGCAUGCGACCAGAGAUUUCGAAGCACAUGCGACACAUCUAUCCGGAGCUGCGAGAUCAUCCCUCUGUAUUUGGAAUGAAGGACGUCCUUGGAGUUGAAAGAAAUAUAUAUUUCAUCGACCACAGUUUUCAUGAGACAUUCCUGGGAGAAACGAAGAGUCGCUCGAAUAGCCAUGAAGCCGAAUACAUCGUGUGUCUGUGCAAAUAUCUGCUCCAGCAAGGAUACAAGCCUACACAAAUCACAGUUCUGACAAUGUAUACUGGUCAGGUGUUUGCUCUGAAGAAACUCAUGCCUAAAAAGGAUUUUGAAGGUGUUCGAGUGACAGCCGUCGAUAACUACCAGGGAGAGGAAAAUGAUAUUAUUCUGCUCUCUUUGGUAAGGAGCAACAACGAUGGUAGUGUCGGAUUUUUGAAAACAGACAACAGAGUCUGCGUCGGCCUUUCCAGAGCUAAGAUGGGAUUUUACGUGAUCGGAAAUUUCUCUCUCCUGUGUUCGAAGAGUAACUUGUGGUCAAAUAUCGUUCAAACUCUCAAAGACAACAAUGCGUUUGGAUCGUAUCUGACGCUGAAAUGUCAAAAUCACCCAGAGAAAACUGUCAAAGCUACAAUGAAGAGUGACUUCAGCAAGACACCAAAUGGAGGCUGUACCACACCGUGUGAAACACGUCUACCUUGUGGUCAUGUUUGUGAACAAUAUUGUCAUAUCUUUGACAGUGCUCAUCAGAAAUACCGUUGUUUGAAGCCAUGUGCUAAGGAGGUUUGCGAUAAAGGACAUGUUUGCACUAAGAAAUGCUGGCAGGAGUGUGGGAAAUGCGUGAUGAACAUUAUCAAGACUAUUCCAGUAUGCGGGCACAAGCAAUUAGGCCCAUGUCAUCAGGAUCCCCACAGUUUCAAGUGUCGGUCAAAAUGCGAGGUAAAGCUGAGUUGUGGUCACAUAUGCAGCGGAAAUUGUGGAAAGUGUAAAGAAUACAACACCCACCAGAUUCAAUGUCCAGAGCUCAUUCAGCGCAAAUUGAUUUGUGGACAUUUGAUACAGUGCAAGUGUUACCAAAGAAUUGAAGACUUCUCUUGCACGGAAAAGUGCACUACUAAAUUAGAUUGCGGUCAUCCCUGUUCUGGAACAUGUGGAGGUUGUUUCCAAGGACGCUUACAUCUUCCUUGCUUCGAGAAGUGCACCCAGAUGUUAAUAUGUGGGCAUAGGUGCGGUCAGAAGUGCGGUGAACCAUGCCCCCCAUGCGUUAAGAAGUGUGGUCUUCGAUGCGAGCACAGUGCGUGCUCUGUAAUAUGUGGCAAACCCUGCCUCCCAUGUACAGAGCCUUGUACAUGGGCAUGUGAACACCAAAAGUGUACGAGACUUUGUCACGAGAUGUGUGACAGGAUACCAUGUGACAUGCCAUGUCCACAGAAACUUGAAUGUGGUCACUCUUGCUCUGGACUCUGUGGGGAAGUGUGCCCGAAGAUAUGCUAUUACUGCGACGAGGCAAAGGCGAAGGAAAUCUUCAAAGAUGCUACACCUGCCACUAGAUUCAUAGUGCUGGUGGACUGUACGCACACAGUUGAAAAGGUUACCAUGGAUACCUGGAUGAACAGUGAUACACCCAACUCGAAACCAUUUAGUCCCCUGGAAAUAAAACAAUGCCCGACAUGUAAUAAACCAAUCUUAAACAGCAAGAGGUAUGGCAAUAUUAUCAAACAAUCACGUGGCCUCAUCAACGCUGUUAAACAGCAGCUUAUUGGCAGUAAAAGGAAAAUCCAUACCCAUUGCCAGCAAAUGAAAGUAUUGGUGGCCAAACUUCAACAGGUUGAUACGGAAGGCUUCAAUGUUUUGAUGCGAAAACUUGAACCUAUUUCUCAGGUGACGAUGGCGUCUCUUGAAGUGGUCGAUAUCCAAAGAAACCUGCUACAAUCUAUCAUCGACAAACUGCAAGAACUUCAAAGACUCCAAGUGACACAAUACCAAAGGAUGGGUAUGCAGGCACAAGCGUCACUCAGAGCAUUAAAAGGAUGGGUAAUAAAGACAAAAUUCAAACCUAACAAGACGGAUAUCAAGUCCAAACCCCGAGAGACUUUCACUCCUCAAGAGCAAGUGGAGGUUAGGGAGGAGAUGUUAAGACUAUCAUAUGUAACAGAGGUGAUCCGCUGCGCAGAUCAUAGCCACUUGUCAGGAAUACCAAGCCUGACUACCCAGUAUGACGACCUACAUCGAAUCUUGGAAGAUGGGCGCCCUAUGACGCAAAGUCUUGAUGAGAAACUGAUCAAGAUUUUUAAGAGUUUGAAUGCCAAAGACCCUUCAUGUCAACCAAUUGCCGAACAGAGAUGUAUACCAAAGUCCAUGAAUGAUUUUGCUCAAAGAGGACGAUGGCAGAAAUGCAAUGAAGCCAACCAUUUGCUUUCUGCUGAGCAAGCAAUAGGAACAGCAUGUCCUCAGUGUUUGAAGGUGAAAUUAGCCAAGAAUAGCAAUACACAACAGAAACCGCCUCAGACUCCGACAAGAAACACUCUUCAUGUGGCUGAGAAGGUUGUAGGUCAUAGAAUAGCUGAUGAAGACCUGGCUUCAACUUUCAAUACCAGAUCCGUUCCUCAUUUAACUGGAAAUAAUUGGACAGUUGAAAAUCUAGCAGAGCUCACUAUGAAAUAUAAAAGUGACACUUCUUCAAACGCAAGUGUAGAGACGGAGGUAGCAGAUGGGUAUGUCAAAUAUACAGAGGAGGUGACUCCUAUUCCAAAACCCAGAAGAAAGAAAAUUGAAGUACCAAAUGCCUAUGAUGUUAUGGACUGGAAGGCGUUUCCUCCAAAACCUAGGAAGAUGGACCAAGACCAUGAGACGACGGAUCUGCAGCUUACUGACAUGUCAUCGAAGCAAAUACACGUUUCGGGUUAUACAGGCCAAACUCAGGUUUCUCAAAACACUGACCGCAAGAUGAAUACAUCGGAGAGGACCAAUUCAGGCUCACCAGUAAGAAUAUCGUACGACAGAGAAUCUCUAAAACGCUUGAGAACAUCACCUUAUUCACAUGUAUUUCCUCCCUGUCUUCAUAGAGCAGAUCUUCUAUCCAUUCUGAACAUCCCUAACGACAGGGCAACCGAAGUAACAACAGAAGUUAUAGAAUCAGAAGAGGUUACGGAAGCGAAUAGAGAAUCCAUUAGGAGCAUGGCUCCCUCCACCAGAGAAGAUGUGAUAAGCCGUGCCCAAAACAACUCCUACGGGUUACAAUGGACUGACCCUAAGCCUGUUGUUCCGGUAGGGCAAACAUAUGUUACACACGGAGACGCCGGAUUAAGAAAGACUUCCUUUACCUCUCAAACCGACAGGAAGCUUGAAGCUAUAACAUCUGAAGAGGCAGUGGAAAUCAAUAAGGAGGCGGUUAGGAAAAUGAGUGUCCCCUCUAGAAAAGAAGUGAUCGGUGGUGACCAUUACGACCCAACUGGCUAUCAGUGGACAGAUCCGAAACCUGUUAUGCGAGCUGCAAACACAUCGUCACAACAAGCAGACGUAGGAAUGAAACCGGCGUGCUUUACCCUUACAACGGACGUUAAGAGGGAAACUACAAGAUCUGAAGAGUCUAUGGAAAUUGAAACGAGGUCAGUUAGGGAUAUGAUUAGCCGUUUCCAAAGCAAACCCGCCGGCAAUCAGUUGACAGACCCUAAACCUGUUGAACAUGCUGCAAAACCAACGUCACCUCCAGCAGACUGGAGAAAGGCGUACUUUACUCCUCAAACGGACGUUAAAACUGAAAUUACGUCUUCAUACGAAGAAUACCGAAGACCAGAUGUGAAGCCUGUUAGACCGAAAUACUCACAAUCCGCACCGGAAGUAGAAACAGAAUUGAAAAAGACAUACGAUAGGAUUCAGAUAGAAUCGGAGACAGACUCGGUGCCUGCCAAUCCACCAAUCAUUGGUCAAAAGCAGAGAACGAAGAUGUUGUUCCAGUGCAUUGAGAACAAUUGUACUCAGUUGGAGGCUCCUGGACUUUCCGGGCGAUGCCAGGAACACUAUGCGAUGCGCGAAGUGUCCCUACUGGAGCGAUUAAAAAAGUUCUGGAAAAAUUGAUUGUACAUGCAUUUCCAUGGCAGAUAUCACUUCGUUAAGCAUACAACGUUGAGAGUUGUACAUCACUCUCGAUUACAUUCAUUAAAAGGAAAUAGUUACGACCACAGGGAAAUGUCUGUUUCUGUUGUCUAUGGAUCCUCCCUCUGUGAUACAUAGAAACAAGAAAUGAAACUUAGGUAUCGCUGACUUUAAUCUGGUGUCGUUAUAUAUCAUAAAAAAAACCAUAUUAUAUACCUGUGUAUAUUAAUUCAUUAUAUUUGUGAACACUUUAGCAUGUAGGCGUUACAUGGUAUCACAGGAAAUGACGUCAAUCUGGCCAUCCAUUGGCCCCCCUAUAUCUAUGUAAUACAGAAAGGUAGAUCAUAUUAUAUUUCAAUGCGGCCGCUAACGUACGUUAUUCAAAUUACUGAUCAUUAUGUGUCAUUUGAUGUUUAGUUCUGAAAAAAGAGUGUUUGUUUUUUCUUAAUUUUUAUCCAUGUUGUAUCUAUUUUUUAUUUGCGCUGCUUUGUAAGGUUUCAUUAGGUUGUGAAACAAACCUAGUGUUGGUGAUUAGCUUUUAUUUCCUGACUUUGUAUUACGUAUAUUAUAUAUCAUUUAACUUAUUAUGUUUAGCGAUAUUGUUAGACUUUGGAACUAGUACUGUGAAAAUAUAAUAUCAAACAGUUCACUUUCAUUAAAGCAAAAUCGCCAACUUUUCAUUCUUAAAGAAUUUAUUCAGAGCGGAAGAUUUCUAUUGAGAAAUCCGCGCUUGAUUUUGAAAGUUGUGGUUUUAUUGUAGUAGACUUUUUUGCUGAUACAAUAGCUGGUGUAAGUGGCACAAGACAUAAAGUUAUGAUGUCUUAUUUCACUGAUAAUAUUAUACACAAACAAAACAAAGAUAUGUAAAUAAUGCAUGUUGCAAUGGACGUUUCCAUUAUUGAGUUCAUGAUCCUUUGUUUUGAGGUGACCCAUC